AUGAAUUCCCCCCGCUUUGGAGAAGAUCCUGACUGGCAGUCCGAAGGUGAGUCAGAUGUUUACGACACCAGCUUAGUAGAAGCCAAACAUAUCCCGAUCCGCCUCUCACGAGGCAAGCCUAAGGUUACCAAAGAAGAUCUUGAAUCUGAAUCCGAUACCCCCACCAAGCAAAAUGCAAAGACAUUUUUCUUGCCGACUAUGAAUGAAGCCACCUUCAUCGACCACGGUUGUACCCUUGAUCCGCAGGGGUACCCAUUACUUCCCAACGGUAACACUAUAUUUGUCAGACUUCCGGGUGAAUCCAUCACAAACUUUGGAAAUGUUGGUUUCUCAAAGCGAACGGGUAGUGAGUAUCGCUCCAAAGGGGCCUGGAAGCUUAAGCGAAUAUAUUGCCUGGGGGUGCUUUCCUGCGACUUACCAGACUGCCGGUGGGCAGGGGCACCCCCUACGGGCCGGGUUGACAUGAGCGAGUGGUUAGAGAAAAACUCUAAUUGUCCGGGGGCGCAUGGUACCUGUCCUGGAAAUGUGCAGCACAUCGAAUGCAAGAAUACAUUGAUAUGUGUGGAUGAGCAUGUUGCUACUUCAUGGGCGGUCCUGCGUCACUGUGGUGUACAUAAUCACGUAUGGCCGGAGGCUAAGAAGCCAGAUCAGCUGUCGCGAGAGACUCUCAAGGCAGAGAUUGCCAAGAAUCCGAAGGCAGGGGCCUUUUCGCUCAGGAUCAGGAAGCCGAAUCCAUCCCAAGACACUUACGACAGUGUCUUGGACAUCCACCCGUCCCUUGGCAAUGCAGACCGUUUGCGAUAUUACCGCAAACUAAUGCUCAAAGAGUUGAACAUUACGCCGGAAAAUCUUGGAGGGAGUGUUGGUGAUCAUUUCAUCACCGACUUGUUCAAAUGGGUCAAAGUCUUUGGUUUCAGGCGUGGAUUGCUCAUCAUCUCAUCGUCUUACCUGGAAGGGGAAGAACAUUUUACCUUCCAAUCUGAAUGGAUGAAAAAACGACUCUUGGCGCGCGACAUUGAUCACAAGGUUUAUGGCACUGGCCUGGUUUCCGAUGUAACUUAUCGGUUCUUUCGAAACGGCUACUUGUUGUCAACAUCGAUGUACUGUGAAGAACUGGCGAGAUGGAUUCCAAUCCAGCUCACUUGGAUCCGAGGGCUGGCCGAAAAGUAUUACCAGGUUCACUUCGCGGUCUUAUUUCGGCAGUUCUUGGUGCCGGAGUUCACCGAUACCGAACGAAAUAUACUGGUUUGCAACAUUGUUGAUUUCUCAGCGGCACAGCGUGAGGGGUUUGUGGCCGCAUAUUGGGAAGUGUUUGGGAUUUGCGACAAGAAGGUUGUGCUCAACAAACUCCAGGGUUGUCAUGAACACUAUCGCGCUCAAGUGACUCGGGUCAAGAGAAACCGCCAUGUUGUUAUGGCCGAUGAAGAGAGCACAUUUCAAAAGAUGUGCAUGGAUCUCAUCAAAGAACCGGUUGAAGGGGACACCAGCCAUGAGGAUAAGAUUGACUCAUUACGCAGGCGUUUCCCCAAGGCCAAACGUUGGCUGGAUUGGUGGACAAUGGCCGAUGUAGAGUCCAUGCUCUUCCCAUCGCGACGUCCCAAGCUUGAAGAUACUCCUGAAGGUCAGGAGCGACCUACCAAGACAACUAACGCCCAGGAAAGCCUUCAUCGUUUAUACUACAUGCUAUCUGAAGGCAAAACUUGCCUGAUGUUGGGAAUGAUUCAACUGUAUUCAUUCAUCAAGGUACUAGAGGAAGAUUUCGACGCCGUCAUGCGAGGCGUAUCAAUCGAAUAUGGUGCUGCGCGAAAGGGACACACGGACAUAGCUCAGUCGUUAGGAUGGGAAAAGAAAAGGAAGAGAGCCCCCAAUCCAGCCAAGCCAGUCGGAGAUCAGAAAGUCCGACAUAAUUUUGUGAAUGACGGAAGGGCCCCGGAUACUACUGAUGCACUCCUCCCAGAGCUGGCGAAGAAGAAACUCGGAAGGCCUUCGGGAUCAAGACGUUGUAUGCUCUGUACAGUACUUCCCCUGUGGCAUCGCGGUUCAAGUGGGACCGGGACAUCAUUAUUCACGUCCCUCGUCAAACACUUCUCUGCUCGAUCAACGUAUGAAUUAACCAAGAUUGGUAGCAUUCGGGGAGUCCUCUCAAAGGCCCAAUCAUCAAUUUUGACUCAAGCUCAAAACCGGUCGCCCAAGAGCUUUGUUGAAGGCGAGUUUGCAUCUGCAGACUUGUUCAUUGAGCUUGCCUUGGAUCCAAAAGCCAAUCCUAACCGAGGCCUUAAAGGCCUGUUCGAAGUCGAAGAAAAACGAAUCCUCACUUGUAACGUUCAUCCGGCGGCAACCCAGCAUCUGACCCGACUCUCAAACAUCAUCAACAUCCGCAGGCAGACUUUUUAUGACAACAAUGUCGAUCAUGCAAAUGUCACAGAGCUCUUGAGACAGUGGAAUUCUGUCGGCUUGCAUGGGGUGUGCGGUCUGCAAUGCAAGUUUUGUGUGGCUGCUCAAGACAAAGCCCCUCAAGUGUUUGUGCGGAUGGCGUCCGAGGUUGCUAUGUGUCAAUCGACGGACACUACCUAUGAAGAUUAUCGAUACAAGGAGCACUCAACCCUGGGAUUCCCCAAAAGUGAGGCCCCUCCGCAUCUCUAUUUCUUCCUUGAUGUUGCAACAAUCUCGGAUGAAAUCGAACAACAAGAUUUCAUGGCGACUAUGAACUGGCCUUCGACGAUCUUCCUAUCGGGCCAGAACGAUGGUUAUGCUCGCUUGGUCACUCCGGACCCCAGUAAGCUUGGAGGAGCAGCUCCUCACUCAAGCUGGCUCAUGUACUCUCGCGGUUGGACGGGGAACGAGCAGAAUCAUGUCAAUGAGAUGAUGGCCAAAAUCAAAAGCGAUUAUCCACACGCGACUGGUCACACGCCUUUUGCCAGUCUCUCGACAUUGCUGAAUUCAUUCAACACCAACGAAGACGCACCCACCGAUGCACUCAAGAAGUCACCCGCGAGAUCUGAAAUUGAGGUGCCAGGUGAGCAGGAAGUUGACAAUACACUCGACGCAACGAAUCAACAAAACAUGAAGAUUUCCCAGGAAGGCUCCGCAAAGGCGGCUAAGAAGCUCAAGAUAAAGAUAAAGAUGAGCGCAGGAUCCUCAGGGGCGUCACUACCCCCACAGGAGGCUAAUAAGCAAGAAAGCGAGGCUGUGAGGCCUGCUGGAAGGCCCCGCAAGGAUGGUGCUCAAACGAGUAACCGGGUGACAAGGAGGGCGAGGAAAUAA